UCUCUCUCACGUGCACUGCCACAUCUCUUGUGUAUUUUUUUUUUUUGUAGGGGGUGUGUGUGCACGGGUGCGUUAGUGUAUGUGUGUGUAAAAAAACAAAAAAAAAAACAGACAAGAGGACUGAGUGUUUGUGCCCUUGCAGUACAGAGGACUGGUAACUCCCCAGGAUGCAUCAGCUGGUAGUUGUGACCUUAGUGCUGGUGGCACUCUGCUCUCUAGAGAGCGUGGAUUCUUCAGCUUAUGACAAGAUAGUCACCCACAGCCGCAUACGGGCCAGGAAAGAAGGGCCUAAUGUGUGCGCGCUGCAGCAGGUCCUGGGGACAAAGAAAAAGUACUUCAGCACAUGUAGAAACUGGUACAGAGGCUCCAUCUGUGGGAAGAAGGCAGCGGUUGUGUAUGAGUGCUGUCCUGGGUACAUGAAGCUGGAGGGUAUGAAAGGAUGCCCUGCAGUGGCUCCUAUUGACCAUGUCUACGGUACUCUGGGGCUUGUAAAAGCCACAACAACACAACAGUACUCUGACAUGUCCAAGCUGAGAGAAGAAAUCGAAGGCAAAGGCUCUUACACAAUGUUUGCCCCCAGCAAUGAUGCCUGGGAGGAGUUGGAACCUAACGUACGGUCUGCCCUGGAGAGCAAUGUGAACAUUGAGUUGUACAACGCUCUGCACUUCCACAUGGUGAACCACCGUCUUCUGACCAAGGACAUGAAGGACGGCAUGACGGUCACCUCCAUGUACAACGACCUGGGGCUUUACAUCAACCACUACUCAAAUGGGAUUGUAACGGUGAACUGCGCCAGGAUCAUCCAUGGUAACCAGGUGGCCACAAAUGGUGUGGUCCAUGUCAUUGAUCGGGUCAUCAGUGCGGUGGGCAACACUAUCAAAAAUGUCCUGGAUGUCACAGAUGAGCUGUCCUCCUUCAACGCUGCUGCAAUUGCUUCUGGUGUGAUGGACAAGCUGGACAAACCCGGCCACUUCACUCUGUUUGCUCCCACUAAUGAAGCCUUUGACAAACUGGGCCCAGGCUACCUGGAACGUAUCAUGGGAGAUAAGGCCAUUAUUGAAGCCCUUGUGAAGUACCACCUGUUGAACAGUGUCCAGUGCUCUGAGGCCAUCAUGGCAGGAUCAGUGUUUGAGACCGCUGAGGGCAGCACCAUUGAGAUCGGCUGCGAUGGAGACAGUCUGACUGUCAACGGCAUCAAGAUGGUGCUCAAGAAGGACAUUGUCACAACCAACGGCGUCAUCCACCUGAUUGAUCAGGUUCUCGUCCCAAAUUCGGCUAAAGAUGUCAUGGAGUUACUGGGAGAAUCCCAGAGCACAUUCAGCGACAUGGUGUCUGAACUGGGUUUGGCUGCUGCCUUGGGUCCAAAAACAGAGUUCACACUUCUGGCUCCCCUUAACACUGCUUUUACUAAUGAAGUGAUGUCAAUAGACCAGACCGUGCUGAGAGAAAUUUUGGAGAACCACAUCUUAAAGCUGAAGGUUACGCUGAGUGAGCUCUACAAUGGACAGCUGCUGGAAACGCUGGCUGGCAAAUUGAUCAGAGUCUUCAUUUACCGCACUGCUGUCUGCAUAGAAAAUGCAUGUAUGGUGCGCGGCAGUAAAGAGGGAAGCAAUGGAGCGCUCCAUCUUCUGAGAUCCAUCAUCAAACCAGCCGAGAAAACAAUCUACGAGAUUCUGAUCGCAGAUGGACGAUUCAAGAUUUUCCUGAAUCUGAUGGAGACUGCAGGUCUGACUGAUCUGCUGAAGCAGGAGGGCUCCUACACCAUCUUUGCACCAACAGACGACGCAUUUGAUGGCCUUACUCAGGAGGAUAUGCUUCUGCUCCGAAGUGAUGUGAAUGCCUUAAGGACCAUCCUGCUGUACCACUUCAGUAACGGCGUCUUCAUUAACGGCGGAUUGGAGGGAGGAGUCACCAAUUUACUCAAAUCACUGCAAGGCAACAACCUGCAAGUUAUAGCUGUAAACAAUUCUAUCAACGUAAACUCAGUGGAUGUACCAGACAGCGAUCUGAUGGCUACAAAUGGUGUGGUCCAUGUGGUGAGGAAUGUUCUCUAUCCUGGGGACCUUCCCGUGGGCCGAGAGGACCUCCUGGUCCUCCUGAAGAAGCUGAUCAAGUACAUCCAGAUAAAGUUUGUCUCUGGAUUUUCUUAUGCUGAGAUUCCACUCACCUUCAUUAAGAGGACCAUCACAACCACCCAUUAUAUCGAGACAGUUCCUGAAUUCACAAAGGUGGUAAGAGUAAUUGAAGGAGAACCAUCGGUUACCAAGGUUACUAGGGUCAUUGAAGGGGAGCCAUCUGUUACCACAGUAACCAGGGUCAUUGAAGGGCAGCCUACCAUUACCAAGGUAACCCGUGUCAUUGAAACAGAGCCUACCGUUACUAAGGUGGUUGUCGAGGGAGAGCCGGUGAUCACCAAAGUAACCAGGGUCAUCGACGGCCAACCAACCAUCACCAAGGUGACUAGAGUUAUUGAAGGUGGAGAGUUUGAUGCCGAUGGAAAGAUGAUUGCAGGUGGAUCCAGAUCACACACCACGGUGAACGAGCCUCAUGUCAUUGAGGGACCAGACUUCUCUAAGAUCACCACUAUCCAUGGUAACCCCAAUCUGAUUGAGGAGGAAUCAGAAAGGAUUACCAAAAUCAUUAAAGAAGGAGGGAAGUUUGCAGCUGCCAAGAGAGCUCCAGUUGGGGCAAGGAGGAGAGCAAGACUGGUCAGGCGUCACCACAAGCCAAGGGAGUGAAUCCAAAACAGACAAAACAACACCUUCUGGCUCACCGCAGAGACUGAAUGAAUCUCUGGUGCUCCUGGUCGAGUGCCAGAGGAUUAAAAAAAAAAAAAAAAACCCAAAAAACUGUAGACAGACACAAAGAGAGCAGUUCAGUUUAGCUUUCUGUU